GGCCACUCUGCGCUCUCUCAUCGCUGGAAGAAUCUGGAACCUAACCUAACCUAACCUACUUUUCCCGGCAUCUCUGUGAUAUUUUGGCGAGGAUUGGAGAAAAGAAAGCACGAAUAAAGAAUGUGGUAAAGGAGGGAGGAAGGACACGAUACUGAAAGAGAAGCGAAGGAUAUCACAAUUAAGAGAGGAAAGGGAAGGAAGAAAGAUGUCUAUAAAAGAAUAAGAUGACGAUGAAAGAUUAGUAGUAAGAUAAGUAAGAGAAACGAAGGAAAAAAAAAAUAGAUAACAAGCAAAGAAAAGAUUUGUAUUUUGUCUCAAGAUAAAAAGAAGAAAACUGGAAGAGACAGAAAGCUGAGGAAAUAAAGAUAGCUUAUUUUGAGGUUUCAGGAGGAAGAAAAUUUAAAGAAAGCUUACCUAACCUAACCUAACCUAACCUCACCUCACCUCGCGUCAACAAAAGCAGCCUUUGAAACAGCCCACGGGAGAAACAAAUUGACAAAAACAGCCCCUAGAUUUGACCCUUCAGCCCUUCACAGCCCCAAAUACUCUCCGAUCCUUCACAGCAGCAGUUGGGACUAAAAAAACAGUCCUUAACAGCCACAGAAAGCCGUAGACAGCACUAAGACAGGGCAGAAAGAGACGCUAACAUUUUUCAGUCCUUUUACAGCCCUAAGUACUCUGCAGCAACUUCACAGCAGCACUGGGGACUACGAAACAGCAUUAUACAGCAUAUGAUAGCUAAAAACAGCAGUAAACAGCACCCAAACAGACCAGGAAGAGAGCAAGACCCUUCAGUCCUUUUAUAACAGCACUGGAGAAUAUAAAAAUUAACAUAAACAGCAUAAAGAAGCGAAAAACAGCAUAGAACAGCACUUGACAGCAUUAAAACAGAAAGAGAGCAAGACCCUUCAAUCCCUUUAUAGCAGCCUAAACAGCAUAAAACAGCCUCAAUAGCAUAGAAACAGCAUUAAACACCAGUAAACAGCACUGCACAGCAUCAAGACAAGACACAAAGAGACCUCGAGACAUUUCAUCCUUUUCACAGCACCUAGUAUUCUUCAGCUCUUCAGAACAGCAUUUGGGACUAGAAAAGAACCUGAACAGCAUCAAAGGACCCAUAAACAGCAUCAAAACAGCACGAAGACGAAACCCACAUACAGCUAGAAGUCCUUAAACAGCCCUUGAGUGGAUAAAACAGCCCCAAAUUGAGAAAAAGACUUUGAGAACCUUCGAAAAUUCUGGAGACUUUUAAAAACACAUCUUAGACAGCCAGAGAGCCCAACAAAGCAGCCCCACAGCCUAAAAACACAGCCCCUUUGACCAACAGCCCCUCUCAAGACUUCCACAGCCCCACAGCUUUUAGAAACCACCCUUCACAUCCCUACAGCCUAGAAAAACAGCCCCUUAGACCAACAGUCCUCUAAACACUUCCAACAGACCCACAGCAUUCAGAAAUCGGCCUUCACAGCCCUAUACCCUUGAAAACUAUAGUCAUACCUUAAGUUAGCCCCCAAACAGUCCUAAAAUAGCCCAGUAAUCUGAAAAACAACACGAAAAUCACAAAAACGCCCAUAAUUGUAACAUAAAAACCAAAUUAAUCUAACCUAACCUAACCUAACCUGACUUAACCUAACCUAACCUAACCUAACCUGGCCUUUAAGAAUAGCCCCAGUAAAGAGAAACAGCCCUUAACAGAUUACAAACAGCCCUGCAACACCACAACACCGGGAAAAAUCAUCUCAACACCACCUCAACACCACUUCACUCUUCAAACACCUUCUCAGCACUCCUCAAUCCACAAAAAUCACAUCGUCCACACAGCCACUUCAACACCACCACAACACCACGUCAGAAUCUCCUCAGCCCUAAACAGCCUACAGACAGUAUCAAAAACAUCAUCUCAACACCAAAACACCACCUCAAAACCACAAAACCAACGGAACACCAUCUCAUCACCAACACAACACCACUUUAACACCUCAACAAUCAAAAGCCAACAAACACCCUGUCAACCCCAAAACCACAACAACACCACUUCAACACCACCACAACACCACGAAAACCACUUCACCACCACCACCACAACACCACCAAUACACCACCUAAACACCAUAAAAACCACAGCAACACCUCACCACAAUCUCAACGCCCCGUCAACACCUCCUCAGCCCUCGACAGCCUAAGAACAGGCCAAGACAAGCCGGCCCAGUCUUCCACACCCCGCAAUGAUAAGGCCACGCUACCACCACCUCUCCGCCCUCGUCCUCCUCCUUCAUGCAGCAACAAGCAUCAAGGUGGAAAAAGUGGAGGUCCCGAGAGUGGUGCGUGCCGGGGAGAGCGUCAGGUUGGAGUGUCUGUACCAAGAGGACGGGGAUAAGCUGUACUCUUUGAAGUGGUGGCGAGGCGAUGACCAGUUCUACCAGUAUGUGCCACCGUCCCGCAACGCCUUCCCGGUCAACGGUGUGGCGGUCAACCUCUCUGCCACUGCUACGCUUAACUCGCGGACCAACGGCAAGGAGGUUGUGAUACUGGAGAGAGUGGUGGACUCUGCCGGGGUGUACAAAUGUGAGGUGAUGGCAGAGACUAACUUCCAGACGGAGUUCAGAGAGGCUAACAUGACCGUCAUAUAUGUACCAGACGGGCCGCCCACCAUCGCCCCGGCCCUGGGCACCCACAGCCAUAACAUCACCGUGGGCCAGAGAGUCACGCUGCGCUGCUCCUCCCGACCCGCCAACCCCCCGCCGCUCCUCACCUGGCUGGUCAACGGAAGACACGUGAACUCCUCUUGGGUCAGCGUGGAGUCCCCAGUGUUCCAGCGUGACCUUGCUCGUGUCUCCUCCAAGCUGACCUUCCCCGUGACCUCUGACCUGCUGGUGGGGGGGCGGGGGGUGGAGGUGACCUGCAUAGCCACCCAGGCCACCAGGGAGGGCCACACCACCCCCCUGAGGGCCAGCUUCCCCCUCCACCCCUCCUCACCGCUGUCUUUCUGGGAGAGAAUGUUUAGUAGUGGUUCCUCCCCUCACCACCACCGCUGCCACCCUCCCCUGCUGCUCCUGCUUGCCGCCCUGCUGUGUCUGCUCUCCCCUCACCUCUGCUGAAGGAUCUCCCCUCUCCCCACUCCCCUCUCCCAUUCCCCUCGACGCUCACCACUUGCUUGAGUCACCACCUAACGAGUCUUGGCUCUCGUUUUCUUCGGUUAGCGCAUCAUAGAAAACGUGUAUUAUUGUUUUGAUUGUGAGA